GAUACGUUCCUCUGAAACUUCGGUUAACACCACAUCUACCCGGUGCCACAUCCCAGAAGACUGCUUUCUUAAUAGGGUAUUAUACUUGUAUGUUUUUGUUAAGAAUACCAAAAAGUCACAAAUAAUCAGACCUAAAAUGUUAUUAAAUUUGAUUUAUAUUUUGCAGCAUAUCUUUUUCCUGCAUUCCUCUAUAGUCUCAGUACAUAAAUAUGCUUUUACAUGUUUGCCCUUUGAAAUUCCAAAUUUAUUCACAGUGAAGCAGUUAGUCCAGUGUAUGUUACACUAAUCAGAAUGAGCAUAUUUGAGCAUCAACUAAUGCUGCUCAACUCUGUUAGGCAGUAAAACUGAAUCUGUUUGCUUUCUUUGUCCAGUUCAACACUUUCCUCCAUAAGUAAAAGUUUAAGUAUGCUGUAGAACAUUGAUUGUUUCUGUAAUGUAGAUUUUGGUGUUUAAAUGUACUUUCAUGCACACAGUACAAAAAUAUUGCCGAAGAUAUUACAUCCACCAUUUUCUUUGGAAAACUACAUUACCGAUGCCUGAAAAAAUUUGUAAUGUCCUACAAAGAUUUGGCUAGAAGAGUGGUGAAAGCAUGCAGGUGGUUAAUAUAAAAGGAAAUGUCAUUCAUCCAUUGGUCAGAAAAUUGCAAUAUGCACUGCCUGGUUGAAAAACUGACCCAUCCUACUUGGCCAGCUGCCAUAUGGCUUGUAUGGCAGGGUUUGAUUCUUUCCUUUGAAAAUUGUGGAUGAUAACAAAACUUUCAAGCUCAGAAUGGAAUUCAGCAUAUUCAGUUUUCUAGAAGAACUUAGUUUCCGUAAUGGAGAGAUAACAUGCUUAUUUUGUUGGAUAGUGAUGUUAGUUUUGCCUAUCGAUAUUUACUCUGUAAGACAUAUUGACAUUGAUCAAACAGAUGCAAAAGGUAAGGAAAUGAUCCAAGUCAUUUUCAUAUUUUUCAUCCAUGUAUGGCUGAUACUGAAACUUUGUUCUCAGACCCAGGCUACCUGCACACAUCAUUUCUCAACACUGUUUACUACAAAUCCAAAGCCUCACUGUGAACAUACAUUUUUUUGUUUAUUCGCUGUUUUACUUGACUGGCUGCUUGAUGCUAUACUCACAGUUUCACUUUGUACAUGCCCUUAUGUUAUGUAUACAGUAUACUUUUGAUUAUCUGUGCCAAUGAAGGGGAAAUCUGCACAAAUAAUCAAAGAACACCAAUAGUCCUAGCUUCACGUGUGGUUGGGAGUGUAGGAAUUCAGAAAUAUAUGCGUAGCAUCCAGCUGUGAGGCUUAGAGAAAAAGUGUUCCAAACAUAAAAUGCUUGUUUAAUUUUACUUUGCAGAUUUUGUUCCAAGCAUUUUUUGCUUAAUUUGCUUGCAUUUGGGAUACACACAGGAACACAUGUAGAUCUUCAAUUAAAGAGGUUGUUAAAAUUGUUAUAUAUAAAAGAAAACUUAAAAAUGUCUCUACAGUUUAUCAUAAUUUUUGUCUGUAUCAGAUUUGAUGAACAUCUUUCUGGUUUUCAUGUCAUUUCAUGUUUAUAGAUAGACUGAGUAAACUGAACAAAUGCUCUGAAAGUUGUGAUCAGUCUUAAAGUAAUAAUGUAUCGAUGAGCCAUAAACCAGUUAAACUGCACAUGAACAAUUUAGGGUAUUCUGUAUCUGGAAAAUCCACAUUAAAUUGUUACUUAAAAACAAGUCAGAUGAUUGCAAUUUUUCCUUCUUGUUUUAGGAAAGUUUAAAUGUUGCAUAACUGAUUUCAUGUUUUCUUCCAUUCUUAACAGAUCAGCUGAACUGGUGAUGAUGUAUUCAGGAAGUAUGCACUGUAGCCAUACCACUGACACCACCAGCUUUAUUUUGGUGUUACAUAAUAUUCUGUGAUGGCAUCGUCAAGUUCAGCUGCAGGGAGUGGCAUGCCUGAUCCUGUAACAGCAGAUUCAGUGUGUGUAAACCAUGGAAGCCAGCAGGAAGGGGAGAUAGAAGUACUGCCCGAUCAAGAUAGGGUGGAAUGGUACACUCCUCCUGUUGGACCAGAUGCAGAGGAAUACAGAAUGGACCAUGAAAGAAGAGGAAGGGCUAUAAUAUUUAAUCACAAGAAGUACAGUUCACAUCUUAAUCUUACUGAGAGAAGCGGGACAGAAACAGACAAGAUAAUUCUUAAACAACGCUUUGAAAAACUGAAAUUUGAAGUGGAUGUAUAUGAUGAUCUAACUGUUGCUGAUAUCAAGAAAAAAUUAACUGAAAUUUCAAAAGAUGACCACAAAAAUGAAGACUGCAUUGUUGUUGCUGUGCUUACUCAUGGGAAAGGAAAAGGCAAGCUUUAUGCGUAUGAUGACUUCUACAGGGCAGAUACGCUGUGGUCAAGUUUCACAGGAGAUGUCUGCCCAUCACUGGGUGGAAAACCAAAACUGUUUAUUGUCCAAGCAUGCAGAGGAGAGGAGGCAUCAGAGGGUAUGAGCUUUAAAAGCAGCAUUCAGAUAGACAGCCACAAUAUGAACACAGAAGCAUCGCAUCGCUAUUCUAUUCCUGUGGAAGCUGACUUACUUGUUGCAUUCAGCACAUAUGAAGGCCGUGCUGCUCUUCGUCAUGUUGAAGGUGGUACAUGGUUUAUCCAGGAGCUUUGCAAAGAAUUAGAAGAUAAUGGAGAGACAUUAGACUUGCUUAGUUUGUUCACAAAUGUGAAUCGCCGUGUUGCUGUGCACAAGGAGUAUAAAAAAUUGAAACAAAUGCCAGUUAUUCAGUCAACCCUGACUCGCAAGGUUUUCUUUGGUUCAAUGACUGCACGCAGCAGGAUAACCAUCACAUCUGAUGUUUUCAGCCUACAAGGAAGGACAUUGGAAAAACUGGAUGUUGUAAUAGGGAUGCUUGAAAAUACGAUAGUAUCAAUCCCUGUACCAAGAACAGGGACAGCAAAGAAACUAAGUUCUUCUUUGAACUGGGACAGCCUACAGUCAUCUAAGCAAACAGUGGUUGGCCCAUUACCAGAAAUGCAAGAUGUAUAUAGAAUUGCAGAAGCCCUUAAAGUGUUCUUGGAAGAUGAAGCUGACAAACUGAAACCUGUAGUUAAGGAAGGUGGUGAAUUUAUACUCAAUUUCAUAUCAUGCUGGGAUAAUUUGACUAAAGAAUUAAGGUGUUAUGGUUACAAAAAGCUGGUGGUAUUUUUGAAUGAAAAUGCUAGAAAUUGGAGGGUGUAUAAGUUAUUGCAUAUUCCCGAUAUUUGCUCCUUGAAUACUGAAAACUCUCACCGACGCUGGUCACAGUCAGAUGUAACUGAUUCAGAUAGUACUUCCAGUAGGAGAUCCACAAUUCCACGUCGAAUUGCUCCAAAGAAAUAGGUGGUCAGACACCGAACCUUUGGCUGCCAAGCCACACCAUAGAACUUCCUGCUAGAAAUUCCAAAACUGCUUGAGGGUCAAUGGAGGUUUGACAUAAGAACUGACAGUACUUCCUGAAAUGACUUUCAAAUGAUAAUAGGCGUAGAUUAUAUGAAAACCUGGUCUUUCCCCUGAAUUUAUUAUUAUUGUGAAAAGUAUUUGUAAAUAGAAAAAAUGCCUAGGCAGUGCCUGCCUCUGCCAAUUGAUUUAAUUAAUUUUACUUGUAUAAAUAAAGUCAUUUACUGUU